GGUGCGUCAGGACAGGAGGGGUGACAAGAGAGGAGCGGACGAGCCAAACGAAGCGCACGCUGCGAAAAAAGUUGGGAUCAACUUGAUGUACCAGAGGGGAUUUAGUUCCGAUGUCUGUAGGACAGUGAGAGGAGAAGCACGGAGUCAGCGCUGUCUGUGAGACAAUAUAGUGAGAACGGAUUUACUCUGACUGACCGCUCCGCGUCUGAGAGACAGCAGAGAGAGAGAGAGAGAGAGAGAGAGCGCACCCACGACAAGUCGGCUCGUCCCGCGGCUCGGAGACCUGAAGAGACCGAAAAACGAGCACUAACCGGUGUAUUUUUUUUUUUAUUUAUUUAUUUUAUUGUUUUAAAAAAUCUGGAGAAGUUGCCAGUAGCAAAUAUUUUUCUUCUUUCAAGGCCAAGAUUUUUUUAAUUUACUUUUUGGUUUAGUUUUUAUUUUUCACACUGUCACUUUUUACUCGGUUAACCACGUUGUUAUUAUCCCAAGAGGCUUAAAGUGUGGCACGCCGGUUAAAAGCGAGUUACAACGAUCUUGGAUGGCUCAGGCCAUGUAAAAUUCUGCGUGGAUGCCAGCAAACCAGAUAUCGGCAGCUGGCUGAAGCACAUCCAGUUUGCCCCUGCAGCCAAGCAGCAUAACCUGACAGCGUGCCAGAUAGAUGAUCAGAUAUUCUACAAAGUCACCAGAGAGAUUUUUCCUGGCCAGGAGCUGCUACUUUUCAUGAAGGCUGAAGAGUAUUCAUGUGAUACAAUGGCUCCCGAUAUUCACGAGGAGAGGCAGUACCGCUGUGAGGAUUGCGACCAGCACUUUGAGUCCCGCAACCAACUGCUGGACCACCAGAAGCAGCCAUGUGGGAUGCCCCCCUCCUCCUUCCUUAACCCAGGAGGGGACAGUGACCUGAAAGCCCAAGAACCUCAAGACUUGCGACCCCUCCACAUGUCCCAAGGACUACACGAAUGUAAAGAGUGUGAUCAGGUCUUCCCUGAUAUCCAGAGCCUGGAGGCCCACAGUUUGUCCCACAGUGAGGAGAGGGAAUAUAAGUGUGAUCAGUGUCCCAAGGCCUUCAACUGGAAAUCAAACCUGAUCCGACAUCAGAUGUCGCACGACAGUGGCAAGCACUACGAAUGUGAAAACUGCUCAAAGCAGGUGUUCACAGACCCCAGUAACCUCCAAAGGCACAUUCGCUCCCAGCACGUCGGGGCACGUGCUCAUGCCUGUUCUGAGUGUGGCAAGACGUUUGCAACGUCUUCAGGCCUCAAACAGCAUAAGCACAUCCACAGCAGUGUCAAGCCCUUCAUGUGUAAGUCACUAAGACCCUACCUAUGUGAAGUAUGCCACAAGUCCUACACCCAGUUCUCUAACCUUUGCCGCCACAAACGCAUGCAUGCUGACUGCCGCACACAGAUCAAAUGUAAGGACUGUGGGCAAAUGUUCAGCACCACUUCUUCACUAAACAAGCAUCGGCGCUUCUGUGAAGGGAAGAACCACUUCACAGCAGGGGGAUUGUUUGCCCAGGGUAUGCCACUCCCUGGGGCCCCUGGCUUGGAUAAAUCAGCUCUUGCAAUGGGUCACAGCAGUGCAGGACUUGCUGAUUAUUUUGGGGCUAGCCGACAUCAUAGCGGGCUUACGUUCCCUGCUGCCCCGGCAUUUCCUUUCAGCUUCCCUGGCUUGUUCCCCUCUGGACUUUAUCACCGGCCACCGCUCAUUCCUGCCACAACUUCUCCUGUCAGACAACCAGCCCAUGCACCUGUUGCUGGGCCUGGCGCAGACCUGAGCAAGAGUCCACUGCUGCCUCCAAGCCCUGGUGCUCAGGAGUCUCAAGAACUUCUCAAAGCUCUCCGUAAAGAUGGCGGUUCACCUGGAAGUCAAAUGCCAUUGUCAGACACCCAGGGCUCCUCGUCCUAUACGAAGCAAAAGAACAAGCAGAGUGACCAGUCUGAAAGCAGUGACCUGGAUGAUGUCAGCACACCCAGUGGAAGUGAUCUGGAGAGCACAUCAGGCUCAGAGCUCGAAAGUGACAUGGACAGUGAGAGGGAGAGGGGAGCUGCUCGAGAAAAUGGCAAAGGUCCAAAGAGGAAGGCCACUGAAGGAGGCCUUCAAAGCCCCAGCCUGAUGGGCAGCAGUGCUGCUAAAGACUUUCCAGGCCCUUCUCUCAUCCCGUCCCCCUUGGACGAGCACACAGCUGUAACAGGAGCUGUGAAUGACUCUAUUAAGGCCAUUGCCUCAAUUGCUGAGAAGUACUUUGGCUCCACAGGGCUAGCUGGCCUGCAGGACAAGAAGGUGGGGUCUCUUCCCUACCCUUCUAUGUUCCCACUGCCUUUCUUCCCGGCAUUCUCUCCUCCAGUUUACCCCUUCCCAGACAGGGACCUCAGAACUGCAGGCCUGAAGGGGGAGCCACAGUCACCUGCAGAUGACUGCAAGAAGGCCCAAGGGAAGUCUUCAUCUGAGUCCCCAUUUGACCUCACCACCAAACGAAAGGAGGAAAAGUUAGCAUCAUUUGCUCCUACCAAACCAGAAAUGUCCCACUCUAUUGGUCAGGAUCAGCCACUAGAUUUGAGCCUUGGGUCCAGGGGCCGUGGGCGUAAUCCAAGAGAGGAGGAGACAAAAAAGAAUCUGAAUUAUGAAGAGGAGAAAGGAGUGGCAGAGAUCCCAAAAGCAGACACCUCCUUACAACAUGCUAGGCCCACCCCUUUCUUCAUGGACCCCAUUUAUAGCAGGGUUGAGAAGAGGAGAAUGAACGAUCCGUUUGAGACUCUGAAAGACAAAUGCAUGCGGCCAGCUCCGGGCUUCCUUUUCCAUCCGCAGUUUCAUUUGCCAGAUCAGAGAACUUGGAUGACAGCAAUCGAGAACAUGGCAGAGAAGCUGGAAACGUUCAGCUCCUUUAAGCCAGAGUCUGGUGACCUACUGCGCUCAGUUCCCUCCAUGUUUGACUUCAGAGCUCCACCCUCUGCGCUUCCAGACACACUACUGCGCAAGGGCAAGGAGCGCUACACAUGCAGAUACUGUGGAAAAAUAUUCCCUCGCUCUGCCAACCUGACACGCCACCUGAGGACUCAUACAGGAGAGCAACCAUAUAGGUGUAAAUACUGUGACCGUUCCUUCAGCAUCUCCUCCAACCUACAGCGUCACAUUCGCAACAUCCACAACAAGGAGAAGCCGUUCAAGUGCCACCUGUGUGACCGCUGCUUUGGUCAACAAACCAACCUGGAUCGUCACCUCAAAAAGCACGAGAACAGCAAUCUGUCAGGAACUGCAAUGUCGUCCCCACAGUCUGAACUGGACAGCAGCAGUGCUAUAUUGGAUGACAAAGAGGACUCUUAUUUUAAUGAAAUAAGAAACUUUAUCAGCAGCACAAGCCAGAACCAGACAUCACCAGACCCCUCUGAGGAAGGGUUAAAUGGCGGUCCAUUUGAAGAAGAAAAGCCACUGAUGGCCAGCCACAGGUCACAUGACCUGGAAGACGAGGAAGCAGAAGAGUUAGGCGCUGAUGAAGAAGAAGGGGAAGAGCCUAGCAACACCCCCGAAAAAUCGGAAAGUAAGGUGCUUCAAAGCAACCUUAGUGAUGCCGUCAUACAAGACGAAAUGGACUUGAGUGAACCAAACGACUUGAAUCUCAGCUGCAAAGCCUCUCCAAAGAGGUAUGAAGAUGAGGAGGAGCAGACCAGCUACUCAGCCUUGGAUCAUAUCCAUCGCUUUUCUGACAUGCGCAAGCUGGAAGAGAGCGAGCUGAGUGAUGGAGAUGGAGAUGAGGAAGAUGGCUCAUUUGGCUCUCCGUCUCUGACUGAGGCAGUCAAACAGCCGCUCUUUAGGAAAUCAAAGUCUCAGGCAUAUGCCAUGAUGCUGUCCCUGGCUGAAAAGGACACUCUUCACCCAGCUACCCACACCCCAGCCACCAUGUGGCACAGUCUAGCACGGGCUGCUGCUGAAUCCAGUGCCAUUCAAUCCCUCAGCCAUGUAUGAUGGCACCUCUUUGCGCCUAUCCUUUCAGCUCUCAACCCGACCCUGACCUACCUAUGGCACUGGCAGUCCAUUGCAGCGGCUAUUUGCAGGGGUCCCUGAUUGUCCACAGAGUGACUGCUGAGCAGGAACCACAGCCCAUCCGACUGCUGAGUGGAGCCCCUUACACACAAAGCAGGGCCACUGUCCA